UUCAAAACCACACACACAAAUCUCCUGCUGCAAUUCCUUCUCCACUUCUUUCCCCUGCCUUUCUUUGUAUCCGCGUUCAACUGUAUCCAAGUAACAAAUAUGUAAAAAAAACAGUACCUAGUCAACUAAACCUAGCUACCAAAAAGAAAACACAUUAUAUUAUAUAUGCCCCUUCCUCACCCUCUCCAUCCUCCAACUUACCCUCUAUGCUCACCAACUCCACAAAUGACUAUGAAGAACUGGUUUUCUGCCCCCAAAUCUCCCUCACAGCCGACCCGGACCACCUUUUGCUCAUCGAUGAUCGACGAAAACAUGGAAUUGGCAGAAUUGAUUAUCAUGAGAUGGAACACUGACUCGUUAUCAGAAGCAACAGCAUCGCCUCUGUUUAACCAUGACCGUGCUGAAUCCAGAGCAUUUUUCAAGGCUGUUGAGGACUUACAGUUCGCGAUGAAGUACUUCAUAUCGGAAAAUCAGAGCUCCAGCAAGCUCAUCCUCGCUCAGAAUCUCAUGCAGAUUGCAAUGAAGAGGCUCCAGAAGGAGUUUUACAUCAUCUUGUCAGCUCACAGAGACUUCCUACAUUCCGAAUCAUCAAUUUUAGGCAACGAGGCUUCGGUUUCUGACAGUCGAUUUGAAGCUGCAACGGUUGAUUUGAAAACAAUUUCAGAUUGUAUGAUCUCGUACGGUUAUGGAAAAGAAUGUGCGAAGAUUUACAAAGUGGUUCGGAAAUCUGUGAUCGACGAGACACUAUAUUACCUUGGAGUUCAGAGUCUAAGUUUUUCUCAAAUUCAAAAAUUUGAUUCGCAGCUGAUUGAGCUCAAAAUCAAAGAAUGGCUUAACGCAAUAAAAGCCGCGACAAAAACUCUGUUUCACGGUGAAAGAAUCCUCUGUGAUCACAUCUUCGCUGCGUCUGACACAAUCAGAGAAUCAUGUUUUGCGGAGAUAACAUCAUCUGGAGCCCUAAUGCUGCUUCAAUUCCCCGAAAAUGUAGCAAAAUGUAAAAAAUCGCCAGAAAAAAUGUUUCGGCUACUUGACCUCUACGACGCUAUUUCAAAUCACAUGGAAGACAUUGUUUCUAUCUUCUCAUUCAAUUCAACUUCAGCAAUCCUUUCUCAAGCAGCCUCAUCGCUCUCCACACUCCGCGAUGCUAUACGUGUUACUCUCUCUGAAUUUGAAUCAGCAAUUCAGAAGCACACCACGCAGAAGAUGCUUCCAGGCGGCGGUGUGCAUCCUCUAACACGCUACGUUAUGAAUUACUUUGUUUUUCUCGCGGAUUAUAGUAACAUUUUACCGGAUAUAAUUGGCGAGGAAAAUUUAUCUAUGGAGUGUUCAAUGCCGGAGUCUUACUUCUCCGCGAACGAGAAUGCAUCCGCAAUUUCAUUGCGUUUUGCGUGGAUUAUACUGGUUUUGUUGUGUAAGCUUGAUAGCAUGUCGCAGCUUUACAAGGACGUGACUCUGUCGUAUCUUUUUUUAGCUAACAACUUAAAUUACGUUGUCUCGAAGGUCGAGGGUUCGAAUCUCAGGACUUUGUUCGGAGACGAAUGGCUGGUGAAACAUCGAGGUAAAGUACAACAAUAUGCAUCGAAUUUUGAGAGGAUGAGUUGGAGUAAAUUGAUCACGGUGUUGCCGGAGAAUCCAGCGGAGGAUAUUUCACCAGACGCGGCUAAGAAAUGUUUUGAAUUUUUUAAUUCGAGUUUUGAAGAAUUGUAUCGGAAGCAAAUUAAGUGGAUUGUGCCCGAUUCGAAAGUUCGGGACGACAUUAGAAUAUCGGUUAUGAAUCAGGUGAUACCGGUGUACAAGGAAUUUUACGAGAAGAAUAGGAAGUCUUUUAGGGGAGAAAUUGGCGCUGCGUCGAUUGUUAAGUAUGCCCCUGAAGAUAUGGAAAAAUAUUUGUCUGAUUUAUUUUCUGGGACUGGAGGAGGGGAUGCGACGUCGUAUAGUCCUUUGGCGGCAUCAGCAGCAAGGCAAGUACGACGUCGUUGAAAUGGACCGGUGUUAUUGGGGCAAUGUGGGACUCUUUCGGCCUGCCUUUUGACUAUAAAGCGAAAACGAAAUGUAGUUUGGUGGAGAUUAGGUUUGAAUGUGAUUAAAAAAGUAUUAGAUUCUUGGUUAUUUGUCCUAUCAGCUCGCGGGAAAAGAUUUCUUGUACUUAGUAAAAUAUUAAUGAAGGCAAAUUUUGUAACCACAUUUCGUCGUAAAUUUAAUUUUUAGCUAGAUGACCUUCAAAAAUAUCUCCAUGGUCACGAUUAUUAUAUUUUAGUAAUAUUUAUUAUGUAAAUCAUAUUUUUUAGAACUUUUUAAUAAUUUUCUAUAAUUUAAUUAGCA